AUGGCAGAUAAAACCACCGUCGACAACCCCGAGGUAGGAACACUAGAUACGUUUUUAUCGCAAAAUACGGCUGAAAAUACGGUAGAAAACACGGGUCAAAACGAAAUAAACAGUACUAAACCUGAGAAAGCAAGCCCAGAAACGGACGAAAAUACUCUGUCUGUCUCGACAAACGACCCAUCCUCUCGACCCAAAAGAUCAGUAAAACCCACCGAAAAGUCUAUCGAAAAUAGGGUUCAGUCUGAUCAUUCAAAGCUUGACAAAUUGUGGCGAAACACGUCAACUGCUGUGGGCAAAUUGCAAGAAACACCCGAUUCGCUAAAUCAAAUAAAAUCCCAUACGUCAAAA